GAGUGCUGGGGAGCUGUCACAGGGUGCCACACUCAGCAACAAAGGGAACGUUACCUGCUGCUGCUGCUGCUGCUGCUUCGGCAAUGCUGCACGCACAGGAGAGGCCUAAGCACUGAGGCUGCCACAUGGACGUCAGGCUGCGCAUGGGCGGGUACUGAAAGAACUGGACCGGUAAUGAAGACAUCGGUUGCUACUGACAUUUCAUCUAUAUAUAUUUUGUCUAUGUUAACAGGAGUUACAUGUACUGGAGGUAUUGGAUAUAUAAACCAGUACAUCCAUCAAGAAUACACAACUAAAAUUUGUUUAAGUGUUCAUGGGGUUUCUCAUAUAUUUCCUGCCAGGAAGCUUACAACUGCAAAUGCAUACGACUGUCUGAAAAUAAAAGGUCUCUCAAGUCUGAAGUUCAAAAGGAAAAGUUAGAAGCUGUCUCAUCAAAUCCAGGAGAUGCUAGGAGAAUUAAGUGAGGUGGAACCAUGGAGAUCAUGUCCUUUCACACCUGCUGUAGACUCUAGAAGCCUGUAAGUGUGUUGGAGGUUCUUUUUGCCCAGGUGCAGCACUUUGCACUUGUCUUUGUUGAACUGCAUCCUAUUUCGUUCGGCUCAUUUUUCCAACCUGUCCAGAUCCACCUGGAUCCGUUCCCUACCCUCUGGUGUUUUAAAUUUGCCCCAUAAUUUGGUAUCAUCUGUGAACUUGGACAGGGUAUUCUCCACCCCCUUGUCCAAGUCACUGACAAAGAUAUUGAAUAGCACCAGUUUAAGGACUGAGCCUUGUGGGACUCCACAGCCCACAUCUUUCCAGGUCGAUAUCGACCCAUCCACCACCACUCUCUGGGUGCAACCCCUAAGCCAAUUUGCCACCCACUCGACCAUGUAAUCAUCUACAUCACAGCCUGUCAGUUUAUUUACAAGACGAGCAUGAGAUACCGUAUAGAAGGCCUUCUUAAAGUCUAGGUAGAUGACAUCUACCUCGACUCCUGCGUCUAAGCAUUUUGUCAUAAAAAGAAACAAGGUUAGUCAGGCAGGAUCUACCUGCAAUGAGUCCGUGCUGAUUUCCUUUCAGCAUUAUUUCCCCUGCUGGGCUCCCACAAAUGUGAUCCUUAAUGAUUUUUUCCAGAGUUUUUCCAAGGAUAGAGGUGAAACUAACUGGCCUAUAGUUUCCCAGCUCCUCCCUCCUCCUCUUCUUGAAAAUAGGGACCACAUUGGCCCUUUUCCAGUCCUCUGGGACCUGCUUGGAGCACCAUGAGUGCUUGAACAGCUGUGCCAGUGGCUCUGUUAUGACACUGGUCAAUUCCUUCAGCACCCUUGGAUGAAGUUCAUUUGGGCCGUUGAUUUGAACACAUCCAGCCCCUCCAAAUUCCCCUUCACUAAGUCUGCGCUAACAGUUGGUGGGCUGGUGUCCCUCCUGUGUCUAUCUAUGAUUCAAUUGGGAGAUUUGUCUUGGUCUGUGUCUAAGAUUACAGAUGCAAAGAACUCAUUGAAGAGUUCAGCUUUGUCCCCCCUCUCUGUCACCAAUUGCCCUAUGUGGAAUCAGAGGGAAUGUAUGCCUUGGACUUUGAUUGUUUUGGUUGUGGGAUGACAUGGCCGCUUUGUGUGGAGUUGCUGGCUCGGUGCAGUGGAGCGGAUGGGGGCAGGUGUUUGUUCUUUGUGGCUCUUCUGCCGGUGCUUCGCUCACCGCGGCCUUGAAGGUGAAGGGAAAGGGGUGUGUGCAGGGUGGAUUUCCGGGUGCGAGAGGGAGGUUUGUGGGCUGGCCCUACCUCCCCCAUGGUUCCCAUCCUGGUGGCAGCGGAGAAAUGAUGAAGUAGUGUUGUAGCCGCUUUUCAUGCUGGUUUCACUGUGUGAUCACAUGAGUUGUAAGCGACUGUUAAAAAGUAUAUAAGCCUCCUGAUUUUGCUUUUGGGGGGGGACCCCUUCCAAGUGCUUGGGAAAUCCAUGUCACUUUGAAACUCCCCCUACAGCUGUAGUUUCUUUUGAAUAAAAGCUUCUGCUGACCUGACCCAAAAGUACUCUGUGUGUGUUUCCACGACAAUUCCUGGUGCCGUGACUUGGAUCCAGAACACAGGCUGAGGAAGGAGGACCGCAGGCUACCCCCCCCCGAACGCUGAGGCGCCAAACUUGAGAGGUCCAAGAAGCCUUACCUCAACCACCGGAUGUUCCCUGUCACAACCUCGAACCAGGGGAUUGGAUCUAUGUAAAGGUCUAUCAACGGAAAAAUGCACUUCAACCCAGAUGGAAAGGACCUUUCCAGGUACUUCUAACCACUAAUUCUGCUGUUCGUUGCCAAGGUCACCAAACGUGGACUCACGCCUCGCACUGCAAGAAGGUAUCACCUCCAUUGGACCCCGAAGCAGCUGUAUUCCAACCAAGGUUGGGAUCUUUCCCUGAGGCCAAGGACAAAGACCCUCAGGACCUCACUCAGGCAAGUGAGGAGCAUCAGGGUGCAAGUGCUAGUAACCUCUCCCCUGCACCCAACACCUCAGCCCAGCCGGAUUCAUCAGUUGAAGAACGAAGAUAUCAUCUUCGGUCUCGAAGAAAGUGAAUGCUCCCAUUCGGAAGAUCACCACCUCGAUCAAGACCAAGAGCCGACAUUAUCAGUCCUUUAGGUUACUUGAGCCCAGAGGACGAAGAAAGACUUUGGCUGCCAUCCUGGGUUUGGCUGGUAGUGUUCUUUUUCUUACUGGUGCUGGUUAUGUUUGUUGUUAAGAUUCUUUGUCCCUCCUGUAUCUAAAAAUGGCACUGAUAUCCUUAUAUAUCACACUUGGGUAUCUCAGUAUCACCCAAGGGGGGUGGGAGAAAAAUUUGUAUUUGCAGAUCUCCUAUGCGGUGGCUCAAGCUGGAAAUAAAAGUGACUGCUGGAUAUGCUCUCACAGCCCAGCACACCUACACCAAGGAAUCCCAAUGAUCGGAGUACCAAUAUCCCUCCAGCAAUGGGGAACAAUAAACGGCGGCUUCGUUAGACACUACUCGUUAGCUGCCCAUCGGUCCGCUCCUAAAGAAUGGAGGGCCGCCCCUGCUAACUGGAUAAUCUCCCCAAGAGUUUGCCUUUCUGUUACAGAUCCAACAACACCGGAGCUUAUAAUAAAGCCACACCUGUAGGACACUACCCUCAUUGCCUAGCUGCUCUAGAUUGUAGCCCUGGUAGCACCAGUGGAAUCCUGUUGGGUGGCGUACCCUCUCUCAAUUGUACAGGAUUCAUGGUCUACAACUUUUCUAAGGAACCUCAUGUUGCUCUCAUUGCAAACAGAUCGGAAUUUUACAUUCACUCCAAUUUUACUUCUUGUGAUAUAUCUCGGUCCAGCAGGAUGGCAGCUGAACGUGGACCGUCCUAUACGAUGCAUAUCAAUCGAAAGUGCCGGAUAGGGCACAACAACUGUCGAGAUUUGAGUACCCUUUCUGCCCCAGGCCUUUACUGGCUCUGCGGAAACAGGGCUCAUAAAAUCUUGCCCUGGAAUUGGGUGGGGGCAUGCACUCUUGGACGUGUUAUCCCUGGUUUCGAAAUGCAUAGUGCAGUAUAUCUGGAACAAGUAAAGGGUUUCAACCAUCACAUGAAAAGGGCGGUUGGCCCCUUGGCUGCCAGAAACACAGGGUUCCGUCGAUUUGUGAGAACCUUCAUGCCGUGGCUUGGAGUGAGAGAAUUGGAACUGGCCAUAGUUAGCAUUUCAGCCACAAUGGAAGCUAUGGGGGGUGCCACUGCGGAUACAGUUCAGGCUCUGCAGCGGGAGAUCUCCCAGAUCUCACGGGUGGCUAUGCAGCACCGCAUGGCCCUAGAUUGCCUGUUGGUGUCCCAGGGAGGAGUAUGUGCCUUGGUAGACUCCACCUGUUGUGUCUAUGUCAAUCAGGACAUGCGAAUCGAGGCUGACAUUCGCAAGGUCCGAAAUCAGUUGGGGGUCCUACAUCAAGUGGCCUCGGAGAAUACUGACUGGGGUCUAGAGGAGGUGUGGUCUUGGCUGACCUCCUGGCUCCCGGAUUUCGGGGCCCUUGGCAAGAAAAUCGUGUAUGGAAUGUUGUUUGUCUUGAUAGUUCUGAUGGUGUUCUGUGUCUUGAUGCAGCUGAUUCUCUGCUGCGUGAAAGCCAGCAGGGGAAGCUUUGGCGGGGCAAGAGGGCCCACAGCAGAGUCUAGAGUGGUGGUGUUGCAAAGGUGUGAGCAGAUUGGGGGAGAGCAUGAAAGGCUGCAUGGUGAAAUGGAGGGGCUCAUGAGAGUGGAGGUUUAGGGCUGAAGUGAGACUGAGUGCUCUCAAAGGGGGGGGGGCUGUGGAAUCAGAGGGAAUGUAUGCCUUGGACUUUGAUUGUUUUGGUUGUGGGAUGACAUGGCCGCUUUGUGUGGAGUUGCUGGCUCGGUGCAGUGGAGCGGAUGGGGGCAGGUGUUUGUUCUUUGUGGCUCUUCUGCGGGUGCUUCGCUCACCGCGGCCUUGAAGGUGGAGGGAAAGGGGUGUGUGCAGGGUGGAUUUCCGGGUGCGAGAGGGAGGUUUGUGGGCUGGCCCUACCUCCCCCAUGGUUCCCAUCCUGGUGGCAGCGGAGAAAUGAUGAAGUAGUGUUGUAGCCGCUUUUCAUGCUGGUUUCACUGUGUGAUCACGUGAGUUGUAAGCAACUGUUAAAAAGUAUAUAAGCCUCCUGAUUUUGCUCUUGGGGGGGACCCCUUCCAAGUGCUUGGGAAAUCCAUGUCACUUUGGAACUCCCCCUACAGCUGUAGUUUCUUUUGAAUAAAAGCUUCUGCUGACCUGA